ACUGUCACGUAUGUGUAUGGCUUCAAAUAUGAUGUUGGAUGGAUGGGAAGAAAGCGUCUCGCGGAGCAAUACAACACAGGCCAGAUGUGGGAUUUGAGGCUAUGUAGAUAUUCAGAUUUGCUGUGAUCGGUUUCUUGGUGUGGUGUUAGCUCUGUGUCUGUCGGUGCAGUGAUGGGUUCGGUGCUGUGGGCGCUGGUGCUGAGCAUGGCGGCGCUGGUGUGCGGACGGAGCGCGCGCGCUGACGCGGACAUUGAGCGGCUCCUGCACGGGGUGAUGGAGCAGCUCGGCAUCGCGCGACCGCGCGAGGAGUUCACCGCGCACCAAGCCGCUAAUGUAGCAGGCCCGCUCAGCAUCCAGGGUGGUGCACAUGAGGGACUUCAGCAUCUCGGCCCCUACGGGAACAUCCCUAAUAUUGUUGCAGAACUGACUGGGGACAAUGUCCCAAAAGACUUCAGCCAGGACCAUGGAUAUCCGGAUCCCCCUAACCCAUGCCCUCUAGGAAAAACGGCUGCAGAUGGGUGCUUGGAGAAUUCGCCAGAUACAGCCGAGUUCAGCCGAGAGUUUCAGAAACACCAGCACCUCUUUGACCCGGAGCACGACUAUCCAUCACUGGCCAAAUGGAAUAAAAAGUUAUUGUAUGAAAAACUGAAAGGAGGACCAAAAAGAAGAAAAAGGAGCACCAACCCAUAUCUGAUGGGACAGAGACUGGACAAUGUGGUGGCUAAAAAAUCGGUGCCACAUUUCCCAGAGGAGGAAGAAAUGGAAACCACUCCAAGACAAGUCUGAAUGUACUAUUAUAAUGACAGGUGUAUAAUAGAGUCGUUGUAUCUAUCAGUGCAUGUUAAAAUUAGAACCAGUAAACUUUAAUCAUGAGACGAAACGGUCGAAACAGAAGAUAGUCGUCAUUUAAAAUGUAUUUUUUGGCUUGGUAUCAUUUUUCGUUUUAAGAAAGUAAAAUAAAACAAACAUGUUCAUGUGCAAAAUUUUUUGAUGUGUAACAGAAAAAAAAAAAAAUGUUCGUAACAACACAUCCGCUACUUGUUAUGCAGAACGGAACCCAGACCUUCCGGAUAGGAUUUUCCAGGCACAGCUGCUCUGAUCUGUGUUUAGUAUAUUAGUAUAAUAUAGUCAUGGUUAGCCAUUCUUGUAUUCUAUUUCGUGCAGUAGUUGUUGCUGGUAGGACAAUCAAUCAAUCAAUAAAUAUAUCUCCCAGUACUUAUAGAUAUCAUGAUACACUGUGUCUGUUUUUAUGUCUUUCUCAGUGUAAUAAAACCAAUAAUGUAACAUUUAUAAAUCUAUGAGGGGGAAAACAUGAGAUUAAACAAUUGGUCUGAAAAACUCCUUUUAAAGCUGAGCUUAAAAUGAGCUGCAGGUUACAGUCAGUAAUGUACCAGACUCAGGAAAGUAAAUAAUAAUGUGAUGGAAAAGGAAAGGCAGACAGUUUUUUGAGUAGAUUUAUUCUUUGUGUCGUUGAUGUCAAAUUCUAUAAUAUAUGAUUUUAUAUAUAAUUAGUCGGUUUCAGACCACAACAUACAUCCCUGACUGUUUGUCCUUGCAUGUCGAGCUUUUAUAAAUCUGAGGUGG